GUGCUGAUUGGCAAGGAGGGGCACAAACAAUAUAUUUUUACCAAUGAGAGCGCUGUACAUGCAGCAGUUCAGACUGUGCAUUCACCGACAGCAUGCACAGUCCGGUAACGGGAUAGUGAGUAUGCAGCAGGCGAGAAUGGGUUGGGAUGUCUAUUCGGCAUCCAUAUAAAACCAAAGCGGAGACUUGCUGUUUACAGUCAGCUCCCAAUGGUACGGUUGAUGACAAUAAGUAGCUAACAUUGUGACAGUAUAGUUAUUUGGAUUCCAAUCAAACUGUUGGACAUUUGUUCAUCCGUGGAAUUCAAUAGGCUUAACUAGCUAAUAAUAGUGGUCGGCUAUUUUCCACUUAUAUUUUCUUACCCACUGGCACACUAAACGAAUAUUAAAAUGGUAAUCAUUACAAAGAAAUUGAAGAUKUUUGAGAUCGUUUUCCAUGAUCCUACUAAGGCUUUCUACUCCAGUGGUGACAAGGUAGCCGGGAAUAUUGUGGUUGAGGUGUCCGAGGUGACCAAGGUAUCCUCCAUAAGAGUGUUUGGAAUUGGAUGCGCAAAAGUAGAGUACGCGAAAGGAAAGCACAGAUGCCGUGAAGACAUUGAAUAUCUGAAAUACGAAGAUACCGUUUAUCUGGACCAACAGACUAGAGAUUCCAAUGGCUUUGUAACUCUCAGACCAGGGAACAGAUAUGAGUACAUGUUUGGCUUUGAGCUGCCACAUGCUGGGCAACUGGUGUCGUCUUACAAGGGGAAGUUUGGCUGUGUACAGUAUUAUGUCAGGGCCGUGAUGGAGAGGCCUUCCCAGCCUGCCUUGCAGUGCGAGAAACACUUUGAGGUGGAGGAGCCCUUGGACGUCAACACCCCUGACCUCCUGGCUCCAGCUGCAGGUAUGAAGGAGAAGAAGCUCACCUGCGUGUUCAUCCCAGAUGGACAUGUGUCCAUCAGUGCCAAGAUUGACCGCAAGGGCUUCUGCGAGGGCGAGGACAUCUGCAUCAAUGCCAAGUUUGAAAACACCUGCUCACGCAUCGUGGUGCCCAAGGCAGCCAUCAUGGUCAAGCACACCUACCAGGCCAAUGGCCGAACCAAGGUCCUAGGGCAGAAGCUCUCAGUCYUGAGGGGCAACCAUAUCAUCUCGGGCAUGUGUGAUAUGUGGCAGGGCAAGACCAUCCGAGUGCCCAGGCUCAAGCCUUCACUCCUGGGGUGCGACAUCAUUCACGUGGACUAUGCCCUUAGGAUCUAUGUCCACAUUCCCGGCAGUGACAAGGUGGUCCUAGAGUUGCCCCUGGUCAUCGGGAACAUCCCCUUCAAUGGCUUUGGCAGCCGCACCAACAGCAUGAGCAGCCAGGCAGAGUCCCUGAACACCCCCUCCAGUAGCUUUGGGUCACUGCGCCUCCCGUCACAACCCCCCAGCUACAGCAACAUCUCCCGCGACUGCCGUAUCGACUCCCCCCUCACACCGCUGCUGGUGGACUACGACGCAGAUGAGGAUGAAGGACUGUUCAUGCACGCCCCCGAGCUUUGGUACCCUCCUCCCCCUGCCUACUCCGAGGUCGACGAGGAUCUCAAACAGCAAGGGCCAUGUUCUUCAGGUCUGCUGAACCACGAGUAAGAGUUGCAAUUAAUCCCCGUUGUAGUCUYAGCAUUGGUGGUUAGCCUGAGUGAGAUCAGGGAACGGACUGGUGACUGGUUAAGGAGCAGCACAGCUGUGAAGCAGAAAGAGUGGGGGACCCUAGCCCUGAAGAUUCUUUCAAGAACCAGAACUGAGAUGUGGACUUGAGAGUCAAGUUUAAGUGAAAUUAUUCAGGCUGAAUGAAUAUGGAUUGUAGAUGUUGGUGUCCACGUUCACUAUCACCAUUGCAGUCUUCAGAAACUGAUUGUUCUAUGUCUGUCUGUAACCCUCUAGUCAUUCCACGGUAGUUCUGUACUUCAGUGUGUUCGAGCAUUUUGACAGUUGCCAUAUUCUCUCAGAGGAAUGAAACAAUGUUAGAAUUCACAUCCAUACAUUGAGUGUGCACAGCUAUCAUUUUAGGUCAGACAGAUACGAUGCUGUGACCAUGCAAAAGUAGUGAAGGGAUAGAAAGUGUUUUAAUGUUAUAUUCUAUUCCACUUUAUAUUAAUAUCAAUGGCUCUGUAAUUAGAUAAUGAAAAAUGACAUAUUUUUGUAUUCAUAAAAGUCUUCCAGAUUAUACUAGGUCAUUUUACAUGAAUGUUAACUCAGUGGUUUAUGGUAGAAGAGAGUGACUUUUCAUGGUAACGACCAAGCUUGCAGAAUGGGAAUGACUAAAUGGGUGAUCUACAUUAUGUUUUGAAUUUGGGUAUGUGAAAAUGCGAGAAGUAUUUUAUAUGAGGAGAACCUAUGGGUUGGUUUUCUAUGCAAAGAAAAUAUAUAUAUUACAUUCUAAAUUGUUUCCUUCUCUCUUUGCCUUUAUUAUAUUUGCUUCCUUUCAAGGAAUGACAAAUAUUUGUCUCCAUUCUAGAUUUAACAAAUUGGAAUGUGUUCGGGUUCUAUUCCAGCAAGGUUGUCAAUGCAUUUGAACAGUAAGUAACCCUUGUCCAAGCCAGAACGGCAGGAGCCUAUCUCUUGUUUCUGUAGCAUGAGGCAGCUUGAUGUACAAGUACAUAUUGGAGAGGACGCUAGUCUGUUAACAGGGCCUUAAGCCAAAUCCAUCUCCUUAAUGCUGAGUGCCAAGCAGGGAGGCAUCAGGUCCCAUUUUUCUCAUCUUUGGUAAGACUCAAACCCCCAACCUUCAAUGUCAGAGUGGACACUAACCACAAUGUCACUGCAUUUUACCAAUGGCCCUUCAUAAAUUACCUCUCAGCAGAGGGGCUGCAUAUUGACACUGUCAUUGAAACAAUAGGAAGCGUAGAGCAACACUUUAGUAAUUAAGUCACUUAUUCAUCCUUACUAAACAGGAACUCAUGGAAAAUGAUAUAAUUAUGGAGCUGACAGCAGACAACAGGGAAUCAGAUGAUACUAACAUACCUGCUGUGAAUGACAUGUUAGGUUAGGUGAACCACAGUUCAUCAGCAGAAUGAAAUGUUGAGAAACUGUGUGAACAACUUUAUGGGAAUAAAAAGGGUUCUAUCAUUUGAACGUUU